GGUCUUUUGCUUCUUUCUUUACCAAAAUACUCCAUGAGCAUCUCCAAUGUCUGCCUAUAUUCCGCCAGUCUUAAGGGACGUAACUCCUAGUAUAUACCUCGAUUUCCGCCCUAGGCCAAGAUGCCUGCAUCGCCGAAACGUAUCGUCCUAGAGAAAUCGCGAACCGUCCGCCGUCGAUAUCAACGCAGCAACAAACGCUUAAAGUUCACGGCGUCUCAGAUCGCGCGAAUAGAACGGGAUGAAGAACGCGAGCGCAAAGCCCAGAAGCUUCGGGAGAAGGAGAAGAAGCGCAUAGCCAACAAGAAAAAGAAGGCCGAGAAAGAAUUGAAGGCUCGCGAAGAACGACGACGACUCGGUAUACCCGAUCCUAAUGCACCCACCGUUCCGUCGAGCCAACCGUCGUUAUUCAACUUUCUUAAGAAGGGUCCUCAAGCCCCUGCGGAGCAAGAGACAACGUGUGAAGAUACGGAGCCAGAUACUACAAGCACAGAAAUGGAUACUAGUGAGGACUCGAACUCGGAGAAUGACGAACCAGACGACAAUGAAGCUGUCGGUCUAGAAAUUAGUAUCAGUGAAGCUACGGAGCUCGGAGAGGUCAAUUGUGGAGAGAGAGAUGACGACGAGUUUUCCGACUGCUCUAUUUUCUACGAUGAAGACGUCAUCAAGGAAGCUGAAACUGUCGCGGUCUCACAAGGCACUAUCCAUGCAGAGCCAGAGAAAAAGGAGCACAACGAUCAAGUAGCCCCACCAGUUCCGAUUAGUCUACCAGCAGGGGAGUCCUUCCGAGAUGAUACAGCUAUCUUACUGGAAGAAUUCGCAGAUGAAUUCGAUACCGACGAGGAAUUCGAACAGGAAUUGCUCCGGCUUGAUGCAGGAUGAGGAUAGAGACACACUUAGUGCUGUUUACUGCAUGGCUUAAGUGAGUAUAAGGGGCAUUGUAUUCUUUACCACUGCAGUUUUCCUGCGGGUCGGCCCCGAUUAGCGCCGCUUGUUGCUUUAUGAAGCAACUAGAUGCGUGACAUGAACGCUAUCAGCAUACGUCCGCUGAAAAUCCGCGGGGUAACCCGAAGCAGUGCGAGAGUGAC